AUAUAACGUCGAAGACAGGAGACAAAAUGGAUAUCUUUAUCAUAAAUCAUACCAGUGUUUCACUACACAUUUAUGAGGACAAAAUGAUCGUAUAUAGCCAAUUAAUUGAGACAUUUCAAUGUUACAGAGAUUCGUUUCGAACGCUCGGUAGACUCACGUUGAUGACGUCUUCCAGGGGGAGGCUCGGUGAAACAGGAAGCGUGACGUAACAUUUGUUUUGGAAAACCAUCGUCGAGAUACUUGUCUGGUAAGCCACGAUGACCGAUUCAACAAUGGAGCGGAACAGUGAUGAUUACAAGCUAAUAUUCGAGAAGGAAGGUGUGUACCUGCACACAAACGCCAAGAGGAGCAACCAAGACACUAGCAUCCCGGGGUUCAUACGCAUUGUGGAGCGGGGUGGUGUUCCAGCUUUAGAAUGGAGUCCCUUGGAGGAUGCAGGCCACAACGCACCUGCUGUUCUUUACUCCAAAAAUGAUGGUGAAGGAGGCGAGGAGGACACCAAGUUUGACCCCGGCUAUGAGCCAGACUGGGCGGUCAUCAGCACAGUGAAGAAAGAUCGGGAGCAUUUCUCUGUCAGAGAGUCAGGUCAGUGGUCGUUCUCACUGCCCCUGUCGGAGCUCUACUCCUUGCGCAGGGCCCGUUUUUCCCUGGGGCGCAACUUCCUGGUGUUGACCAGCCGGGGUGGCCACCCGCUUCCCCCCUUGCACUUCCACCGAGGUGGCAGCCGAGAGCUUCUGCGCGCCCUCAGCCGCUACAUCAACCUGGACCAGUCUCCGGUAGACGGGCGUCUUUUUCUGGCGUACCCACAAGUCCCUGGCGCUCUUUCUCCAUCCUUGGACAAGCUGCACCUUUUUGAUGAUGCAGGUGCUGAUCUCGUGUCGAGAUUCAUCCACGAUCCAUAUGCAACGACCUUCGGUGGCUUCUCCAAGGUCACCAACUUCUUCAGGGAUGCCUUGCGCCCACCCGACUCCCCUCUGCAUCGGCGUGACAACAACAAUCCGAGCUCAUCCCCACAGCUGGACGAGGAGCCCGGCUUUGAGCUCAUCACAUGUGGUGUAGAACUCGGCCCCAAGCCGGUCGUCAGCAGGGGUCGACCUCUGGACCAGUGGGAUGUCUUCCUGGACCCUGAGGGACGUGUUAAGGAUCCCGAGCUUGUAAAAGAGCUGGUCUUCCGAGGGGGGAUCACACCGAUACUCAGGAAAGAAGUAUGGAAGUUUCUGCUGGGCUUUUACCCAUGGAAUAGCACCCACAGCGAAAGAGAGGAGAUCCUACGUCUUAAAACGGAUGAGUACUUUCGCAUGAAGGUGCAAUGGAAGUCGGUCAGCGAGGAGCAGGAAAUGAGAAACUCGCUCCUCAGGGGCUACCGCAAUCUAAUUGAGCGAGAUGUGAACAGGACAGACCGACACAACACCUUCUUCUCCGGUAAUGACAACCCGGGCCUGGCGCUGCUCCAUGACGUGCUCAUGACGUACUGCAUGUACAACUUUGAUCUGGGCUACGUGCAGGGGAUGAGCGACCUCCUGUCGCCUCUGCUGUUUGUCACACAGAAUGAAGUGGAGUCAUUCUGGUGCCUCACCGGCUUCAUGGAGAUGGUGCACCACAACUUUGAGGAGUCCCAGGAGGCCAUGAAGCAGCAGCUCCUUCAGCUCAGUGCCUUGUUGAAGGCUCUGGAUCCAGAGCUCUGCGACUUCCUGGACUCCCAAGACAGUGGGUCACUUUGCUUCUGUUUCCGCUGGUUGCUCAUCUGGUUCAAGAGGGAGUUCUCCUUUGAAGACAUUCUCAUAUUGUGGGAGGUUCUGUGGACUCGUCUUCCCUGCUCCAACUUCCACCUUCUCAUUGCUUGUGCCAUCCUCCAGUCACAGAGAGGGGAGCUGAUUGGUUCAGACCACGACUUUAACACUAUUCUCAAGCACAUUAAUGAACUGACCAUGAAGUUGGACCUACAAAGCACUCUGCGAGGAGCCGAAGCCAUCUACCUACAAUUGCUCCAGUGCAAGAUUGGCGAGCGACCACUUUUGGGUGUGCCCUGAAUCUCGCCUAGAGUCGGCUGGGAUGGAGACCAGUACGCCCGUGACCCCUGUGAGGAUCGGCGGUUGGGAAAAUGGAUGGAUGACUUGGAGCAGGGGUGCCCAGAAUUUUUUACCCCAAGAUCUACUUCUCAAGCAUCCAGCCUCUCGCGAUCUCAAAAGCCGCCAGAUGCAAUCCAGGAGAUGGGCUACAACUGGCCUUUGAAAAGAAGGGCUGAACUGUUUGCCAUUGGUCCAAAAUCCUCUUUUCUGAUGAAAGUAAAAGUGUUUCAUUCGGGAAUCAGGUCCAGUGGUUUGGAGCAAAACAGGUGAGGAACAGAACCCAAGCUGAUUGAGUUCCAGUGUGAAAUCUCCACAGUCAGUCAUGAUUCAGGGUGCAAAGUCGAGUGCAGGUGUUGGUAAACUCUCCUUUCGUAAAUCUAAGGUCACUGCAAAAGUCUACCACAAUGUUUGAGAGUACUACAUGAUUCCUUCUGCUGAAGAGCUCUAUACAGCUUGAGAUUUCAGGACCUGGCCUGUGCCCAUACAGCUAGAAGUACCAAAACGUGCUUUGACGUCCUUGCCAACACAGUGCUUGAUUGGUCAGCCAAUUCACUGGAUCUAAACCUCUUUGGGUAUUAUGGGGUAUGAAGUAUUAUCAAGAGGAAAAUGAAGGACACCAGAUCCAAAAACAAAGAACUGACAGCAAGCAUCAAGGAAAUCUGACCUUGCUUAACUGUCAGGCAAUGCCACAGGCUGAUUGCCUCAAUGCCAUGUUGCAUUCAGGCAGUGAUUAAAGCAAACUAAUACCCAAUCAAGUAUUGAUUAACAUAUUGUUUUGAAAGUAACAUAUUUUUAUGGAUUUAAUGUGACCUUAAAAUCCAACCAACCUCCCUAUAUACAUUUUAAAAUAGAUAUUAUGAAAACUACAUAUAAUAUUAUUCACUUCAAAGUCUAUACGAAAAAAAAAUGAGCGGAGAGCGUGCCAUUCAUGCGCAAAGUUGCGGAGGUCUAACUCGACAUCCCAGUGGUAGCCAGAUUCCAUGCUACGUCAUUUACAGCUGUCACACUGGGAGAGUCACCAUAGAAACAUGCUGAGCCACUUGCUACGGCAGAUGAACAAGAGAGAUUUUCAGAUCUUUCUGACGUCUCUUCUGAGACUGAAGGUCUUUUUUGAAGUAGAGAACAUCUCAGAAGCAAGGUAAGUGACCAGGGCCAUAUUACCUUAUCGUUUUGAGCCAUAUUACCUUUGGAUCACUUCUAACUGACAACAGACUCCCUGACAGAGGGAAGAGAAGGACGAGGAACCUGAUCAAAUAUUCAAAAUGACUUGUGUAUGUAGCGUACUCAGAAGGACCCAUGCCGGGUGAAGUAACUGGUGCACAGACACCGGUGGCCGGUGCGUGUGUGUCUUUGGGGGUGUUUCUUUCUCCUCCACACACAUGGCCCAAAACCACCUCCCCGCCCGAUCCACCUCUGCGUCAUUUUCUCGUCAUUAAUUUACGUGUUUAUUUCAUAAACGUUGGUAACAAAAGAAGCCUGAUCCUAAACAAUCAGUAUUCACCCGGAAACAGGAAAUGCAAGCUAACCGUACUAAGCAUGUUCGGAAGUUAUACCAAAAGCACAGUUUCCGAGCUCCUUCAUGUACUGCGAGCGCAUUUACUUUGAAAGUCAUCAACAUCAUGAGCCAUGUCAAAGGAAAUUCAGUUACACUGAAAACAUUUCUGGGAUAUGACACAGGUAAUGUUUCAGUAUCUAACUAUAAUAAGUAUGAGAUUGUAAUUUACUUUGAUUUGAUCUAAAUUCUAAUGUUAGACUAGUCUGUCCUUAUAUCUAAAUGUGAACGGUCAUUUUCCCCCCGUGGUACUGCGUUAUAUUGAAGUUAAAAACAUUUGCCCUGUACAUGCUUUAGGAAGCUAUAGAUCGUCUCCUGCUAGCUGUCAUCAAUGGAUUGACAAUAGGUACUGCUGUAAAUUACACUGAAUGUUUAUUGACCUCUUUAAAAAUGUCUGUCUCAGUCUGUGCAGUGUCAAUAAAUUAUGAUUAUGUUA